AUGAGUGAAAAAAGUAAGGACGAUCUGAAGCGAAGUGCUCCGCAGGAGGAGGAUGAGUCCCCAACAGUAGAUGCUCCCGGUAAGGGACCUGAGGACGAGGAGGACACCUGGAUUGGACCCAUGCCUUCAGAGCAGAGCGCCCCUGUGCCAGCCAAGAAAAAGAAGGUCCUUCCCUACGAACACAUUUACUUGGAGAACCUUCCCAAUGCCGAGAGCUAUGAGAGAAGCUACAUGCACCGCGAUGUAAUAACACAUUUGGUUUGCACCAAGACGGACUUCGUGGUGACCGCCAGUCUGGAUGGCCACAUAAAGUUCUGGAAGAAGGGCGAGCUGGGCAUAGAGUUUGUCAAGCAUUUUCGAAGCCAUCUAGUGCCUAUCAAAUCGCUGACCGCUAAUGACAGUGGAACUCUGCUUUGCUCGGCGGCGACAGACCAGACGGCUAAGGUUUUCGACGUGGUCAACUUUGAUAUGAUCAACAUCAUUCGUCUGGGCUAUACGCCACAGUGCAGUGAGUGGAUAAAUGGUCCAGGCGAUGCCGUGCAAGGACUGGCAAUUUCUGAUUCAGAAAGUAGCCGCGUACUCAUAUACGAUGGACAGGGAGGAGGCGAUGUCCUACAUACUUUGGAGAAAAUUCACUCGGCGCCUGUGGUGGCCAUGUGCUUUAAUGUGGCAAUGGAAACAGUGAUAUCUGUGGAUCGCAACGGCAUUCUGGAAUAUUGGCAAAACUCCAAACACGAUUACAGCUUUCCGCAGAGACUGGUCAACUUUGACUCCAAACUGGACACAAGCCUUUUUGAGUUCGCCAAGCAAAAGACCCAAGUCACUGGCUUGGCUACCACGCCUGAUGGCAAGCGCUUUGCCGCCAUUUCCACAGAUAGAAAAGUUCGCGUGUUUCAGUUCAAUACGGGCAAGUUAAUCCGUGUAUUUGAUGAAGCCCUUGCCACUUACACCCAAAUGCAGCAGACCCAGCACGCCCUACCCAACAUGGAAUUUGGCAGAAGAAUGGCUGCAGAGCGAGAUUUGGAGAAAACUGCUCAAAAUACAACGCUCAACAUUCUAUUCGAUAGCACUGGAAACUUUUUACUAUAUCCUACGAUGCUGGGCAUUAAGGUGAUCAAUGUCGUAACAAAUCGCUGCGUUACUAUUCUAGGCAAAACGGAUAACAUAAGGCCCUUGCAGGUAGCCCUUUUUCAAGGAAGGAUCAAACGUCAAAAAGCUGCCAUAACAAUGGAGCAGGAGGCUAGUGAAAAUCCUGCUCUACAGAAUAUUUUGAAUGAUCCUACAGCCUUUUGCACUGCCUACAAAAAAAAUCGCUUCUACCUGUUCAGCAGAAGACUUCCCUCGGAUCUGCAAGAUGUCGAUCGUGACAUAUUCAACGAGAAGCCCUCGAAGGAGGACAUUAUCGCGGUGCCAGAGGCCACAGUUGUACAACGUAUUUACGAGAACGUGGUGCUCCACACCACAAAAGGUGAUGUCCAUAUGAAGUUGUUCUUCAAGGAGGUUCCGAAAACCGUUGAGAACUUUUGUGUUCAUGCGAAAAACGGGUACUAUAACGGCCACAUAUUCCAUCGCGUGAUCAAGGGCUUCAUGGUGCAGACUGGCGAUCCCACAGGAACGGGUACGGGCGGCAAGUCAAUUUGGGGAAACGAUUUUAAAGACGAAUUCGUACCGAGUUUAAAGCACGAUCGUCCCUAUACGGUUAGCAUGGCUAAUGCUGGACCAAAUACAAAUGGCAGUCAGUUUUUCAUAACAGUCUUGCCCACGCCUUGGCUCGACAACAAGCAUACGGUUUUCGGUCGAGUUUAUCGCGGCAUGGAAGUGGUUCUCAACAUUUGCAAUUCAAAGGCGAAUCCAAAGACAGACAAGCCUUACGAUGACAUUAAAAUAAUUUCAAUACACUUAAGUAAUUAAGUAGAUAUUUUAAAUACAAGUAAAUGAACUUAA